UAAAAUACUAGGUACUGUAAACCCCACCCUGUCCUCCCAUUAAUUUUACUCCAUUACAGUUAUAAAAGCAUUAAAUGGUUAAUAAGGACACUUGACUGGAUUAGCAUUGGCGCUAACAAAUUAACACGCAAACAGGGAUGUUUAUUUUGACGUAACCUUUAACUUAACAUAUGCUACAACAUUCAUAAUGCAAACGCGAACAUAAUUUGAAACUUACCGCUUGAACUUGUUAACUUAAAUCCGGAUGUUUCCUCCUUUCACAAUAAAACUCUGUUCGUUUUCUUCGUGAUAUGACUUUAAUCUGAAGUAUUUCUGUGCGCGUCUCUUGUGGAUCGGAGCCGCGCUUAUCCGCUCAUCACGUCUUGUUGCGUCUAUAAAAAGUUUCCGACUAACAACCUGUCAGACAGAGCAUCAGUACCCGGUUGACCCGGUACGUCGGUACUACCGGGUCUUGUGAAAAUGAGGUACCGACAACUUUUUUAUUUUUAGGUACCGACUUGGACCCGAAGUACCGGUACUUUUGACAACACUAACUGCUUUGAUCAGAGUUACAAAUGAUCUGCUAUUGGCGUCUGACCGAGGUUGUAUCUCGUUAUUGGUGCUGCUAGACCUUAGUGCUGCAUUCGAUACCAUUGACCACAGCACACUCCUACAUAGACUCGAAAAUUAUGUCGGCAUUAAGGGAAUAGCUUUGAAAUGGUUUAAAUCUUAUUUAUCCGACCGUUUUCAAUUUGUAGCAAUAAACAAUGAGGUGUCACGCAAAUCGCAAGUCCAGUACGGUGUACCACAGGGCUCAGUCUUAGGGCCUCUGCUCUUCGCAUUAUACAUGCUACCUCUAGGAGAUAUAAUAAAGCGACACGGAGUUAGCUUUCACUGUUAUGCUGAUGAUACUCAACUUUAUAUUUCCUCGAAGCCUCAUGAAACACAGCAGUUCCAUCGAAUAAUGGAAUGCAUAGUCGAUAUAAAAAACUGGAUGAGUAACAACUUUUUAUUACUGAACUCGGACAAAACGGAAGUGUUACUUAUUGGACCGAAAACUGCUAUAAGUAACAACCAAGAAUACUGUUUAACUAUUGACGGAUGUUCCAUAAAACCCUCGUCGUCAGCAAAGAAUCUUGGCGUUCUAUUCGAUAGUAAUCUGUCAUUUGAGAGCCACGUCGCCAACACCUGUAAAAUUGCGUUUUUCCAUCUUAAGAAUAUAUCUAAACUACGUCAUAUGCUGUCAAUGUCAGAUGCAGAGAAGUUAAUUCAUGCAUUCAUGACAUCAAGACUAGACUACUGUAAUGCACUGUUAGGUGGUUGCCCUGCAGGCUUAUUACAAAAACUCCAAUUGGUCCAAAACGCGGCAGCUCGAGUUCUUACACGUACAAAAAAGUAUGAACAUAUUAGCCCGGUUCUGUCAACCUUGCACUGGUUACCUAUAAAGCAUCGCGUUAACUUUAAAAUCUUGCUUAUUACCUAUAAAGCCUUACAUGGUUUAGCUCCUCAGUACUUGAAUGAACUCCUUUUGUAUUACAGUCCUUCACGUGCAUUACGCUCUCAGGCGUCCUGUCAGUUGGUAAUACCUAGAAUUUCAAAAUCAAGUGCAGGUGGUAGAUCCUUUUCCUAUCUAGCGCCUAAACUUUGGAAUAGUCUUCCCUGCACUGUCCGGGAGGCAGACACACUCUGUCAGUUUAAAUCUAGACUAAAGACGCAUCUUUUUAAUCUUGCAUACACUACUCUUCCAUAAUAUAAAUCUUCAGAGGGUUUAGGCUGCAUUAGUUAGAUCAACCGGAACCAAAAACACAACUGAUGUACUUGUUGCAUCAAAGAGUACAGAACAGUACUCUACUCUCAGCCAGUCUUGUCUCAUUGUUCCAAGGUUACCACAGCGAGCAGGAUGCAGUUCAUGGCCUGACCUGAUGGUAGAGCGGAGAAUGGGAAGUGGGGACCUGACAAGAGCUGAGAUGAUAGAGCUGGAUAAAGAAGGACGCGGUCUCUUGACAUGUCUUCACCACAAAACUUCAAAUGCUAUUAGAUUAUUAAUGAUAAUCUUAAACUAUAAUUUAUUUUAUUAUUAAGUUUAUUUAUUUUAUUUAGCCUUGUUGUGCAAGUUCUCUGGAGCUUGUGCAGAGGCAGCAGCUUUUGCCAGAGGGGAACUGGAAUCCCCUGGUUGGGCCUGGGUUCUCCUGAGGUUUUUUUUCUCGAUUAGAGUUUUGGGUUCCUCGCCACCGUUUGCAUACUGUUUUUGCACUAUCUGCCUGACCGGGGGGGCUGCUUUAGAAUCUUAAAGUUUUACUUAAUUAAUAUUGCAUAUAGGAAUUUAUUAUCUGCUAUAUUUGACCUGUGCUUCUCUCUCCUUUAUCCUAAAUGUGUGCUCUCACUGAGCGUGUGUGUGUGUGCGUACUUGUCUGUGUACGUACGUGUGUGUGUGUUGUGUGUGUGUGCGUGCGCAUCCGUGUGUGUGUGUGUCUCUGUGUCUGUGUGUGUUGGUGCGUGUGCGUGUUGUGUGUGUGGAGUGUUUUGUGUGUGGGUGUGUCUGUCUUCUGUGUUUUCAACCUUUUCUUGUUUUUGCAGGUACAACUUUGAUUGUUUUGCUUGUAGUCAAUAUGUCUCAUGUACAGCUGCUUUGUAACAAUGAAAAUUGUAAAAGCGCUAUAUAAAUAAAGUUGAGUUGAGAUAAGCCACUUAAAGGUACGGUAGGCCUACGUGUGUGUGUGUGUGUGUGUGUGUGUACAAGAUCAGGAUGGCACCACCUCCGCCUCAUGUUGAGCCAGGAAAAACCCGGUGUAUGUUUUCAAAUAGGGAAAAAACCCUGUCAUUUAAUUUCUUUUCACAAGCCAUUUUAAUAAAGGUGAUUGGGACAUCUCACAUCAGGCUUUGACUUGCUAGUAAACAUUUAUUCCACUUUGUAGAAAAUAUCGAUAUACAUAUCGGAUAUCGCCUUUCAUCAAAAAAAUACAGAGAUAUGAAUUUUGGUCAAUAUCCCCCAGCCCUAAUAAGUACAAGUUGGUAGAUCGCACACUUUGUGUGAAACUGUUCUUACACACUCACGACACACACAUUUGUUAAUAAAUGAGGCCCAGAUGACCACAGCUGUCAUUCUUGUAGCAUCACUUUAACAUGUAUAUUCAUUUUGUUCACACUAAACAUUAUAUUCUACCUUCCCAUUGUACUUUCUGAUAUCACCAUCAUCAUCAUCAUCAUAUAAGGAUCAUUCAGGGUUGUUUGGGGACAUUUACGGCCGUAGUCAGUCAGCUAUGAGGUCACUGAGGUCUGGACCUCGCUCAUUUUUUCAUGUGAAGCUCUGAAUGAACAAUCAGCCGUUUAAAACUCUUCUGAGUGUCGGUGUUACACGUUUAUUAUUCAGUUUAUACGGAUGUUUACAAAGUUGUUGAUUGUCCGUGGUGUAAAAAGGAAUGAGAUGAAUUCAUUUCACUUGAUGCGUCAUCCGAUUGACAGUUGUGUGAGUUGUGGGUAUGCAGUUUCAAAGUUGAUCAUUUGUUAACUUUAUUAUUUAUUAUAUUUAUAAAAGUUGAAUUAUUUAUAGCAUUUAUUAGCUUUAAUAUUAGGCAGAUUAUUGACACCUCACUCAUCUUCAGACCCUGGCUACGGCCAAGGUAACAUUACAACAUCAAUGUUCUGUAAAGCUGCUUUGAAACCAUAUGCAUUAUGAGAAGCUGCAGAUUUCUGUGUGUCAGACACACUAAUGCAUCAGGUGAUGAUGACGAUGAUGAUAAUAAUGAUGAAGACCUUGUCUCUCUUCUUCUGUCACUGCAUGGUGGUAUCAGUAAUAAACUUGUAUAUCUAUAUAAAAAUACCGUUUUUAUGUCAGGCAUCUCUGGGCUUCCGUCUCACUUCAAGGCCUCAUGAUAUCAGAUCAUUUUCUUUUAUGCGUUUGGCAGACGCUUUUAUCCAAAGCGACUUACAUUACAUUCAUAGUACUAUACUUUCACAAACAUCUUUAUUAUUAUAAUAGCCAAAAGAAUGGACAAAAACAAUACUUAUUGAUAUACAUACUAGAUUGUUUUUAAAAAAUAAUAAAUAAUCCUAUCAGUCACAUUCAUAUUUAAUUUUGCUUGUGUUUCCCUUUUUUGGUCAAUGAAUGUUUUUUUUUUUUUUUGCUGCAUUAUUUGCGAUAUGAUCGGACAUAUUGAUUGUUGUCAACGAAUGAUGUCAGAUGGCAAAACAUGCUGCUUGCGCAGAUUUUGAAGGCGCAAAUGAAAUGAAGUAACUGUUAUUGACAACACGUAACAUGCUACACAUGAAGUCUUCACGUGUGAUGUUUGUUUGUAUUUCUGCUGUAUGGUAAUUGUGUGCUCGCGAGAUCACGUGUGUAAAGUCUCUGACACGAGACAGUAAAUCAUAUUUCAUUCAAAUUAUACUAUUGUACUAUUUAAUGCACACGACGACUUUACAUUUCUCUGUUUUCGCCCUUAUUCCGUUUAUUCGUUUGUUUAUUAUUUAGUUGUUGAUCUUUUUCCUCGGGACAGCUUCUCAUGUCAAAAGAGAUGCAAUCUGUUCUUAUAUGAAUAUUUAAAUAUUUACGUUGACAAACAUAAAGUGAUUGACAG